AUGGCACCAUCAAGCCCUAAGGCUGCGAGCCGCGACCGCCCGACUGAAACCCUUUCAGACAGGAUUCUCGACACUUUCAUAAACAGUGCAUUUGACUCUCAACAUCGCUUCUUGUCACAAGGGUCAAUUGAAGAGCUCGUCACCAAGGACUCAAUUCUCAACACCUUUCUGAGAGGACGGCAAUGGAGGAACGAAGGCCCUAAGCUAAUUUCAGACGACCAGCUCGCAGAUUACAUUCUCAAGCAUGCCAAAAUAAUCUUCGCAAUUGCUGUAAUGCUUGCACUUCCUGGAAGUGAGCUGAGAGAGGGAAUGCGACAAGGCCAGGAACGAGAGAUGUCCGAUCAGCAUCUACCCAUAAAUACAACAUACUGGUCCGGGGAGCACAUCAAUUCCGACAGAACGUCUUCCUGUAUCGAAGACUACGAAGAUGAAAUAUGGUCUCCUGCCAGGAUAGACCUCUUCUGUCGCGCACAGUGGCAAUAUCUGGCCCCUGUCUUCUCCAUCAGCAAGCUCAAUCAUGAUCUGAGCCCUCACUGUGUCCUACCCUUCACAGACAAGAUUCUGGAGUGUAGAGUCGGAGCGUUCGGACAAGUAUCAGGAUACGCACAUCAUCCAUCGCAUCUCAUCGAUUCGAAUGAUAAAAAUUUUCGCUGCCCCAAGUAUGUCGCUGUGAAAAGAAUCAAUGACGAGGAAGCCGACCGGCAAAAGAUGGUGCAUAGCUGGGAGAGGGAAGCAGACAUCCUGCAGAAGAUGAAUCAACUGAACCAACCCCACAUUGUUCGGUUUCUCACGGCCUUCCGACGAGGACCCCCGGGACAAGAGGAGCACUUUCUGAUGAUGGAAUGGGCAAACGGUGGGAAUCUUCGGGACUUUUGGCGAAAGUUUGAUCGUCCAACUUUGACAGGGGAUUUGACAAAGGCAACACUGCGCCAGAUUCUGGGACUAGCCGAAGCAAUCAGCAAAGCACAUUAUCCUGUGUCUACCUCCGGCUUAAACUUUCGACAUGGCGACUUGAAGCCAGAGAACAUCCUUUGGUUCAAGGACGGCGGUGAUGUUGAUGGGAUUGGCUUGCUCAAGAUCGGGGACUGGGGUCUUGCAAAGCAACACCGAUUCGUCACCGAGCUGCGAAGCAACAAGACCACCACUAGGUGGGGUACUCGCGCCUAUGAGCCACCAGAGGAAGCUGCUAGCCAGGGAGCGAAACUGUUGGUACCGGGACAGUCCGGAAAGAAGAGGUCUCGACUUUACGACAUUUGGGCCAUGGGUUGUAUCACGCUGGAGUUCUUGAUCUGGCUGGUCUAUGGCCUCGAACAAUUGCAAGAGUUCAACGCCAGAAUCUAUCUCAGUAACCCCGAUGCCCCGCGCUUCUACCAAGUCAAGCGUGAUUCGAGCAACCAGCUCAUAGCUACAGUCCACGAUGUUGCUGUGCGAUGGAUGGAUCACAUGGCAAAAGAUCCCAUCUUCAAAGUGGGCCAAACUGCUCUGGGUAGCCUCCUCGAAGUUGUUCAGACUCGGCUCCUUGUUGUCAAGCUUCCCGAGCGACUCGGGACAUCAGCAAUCACUUCGGAUGACACCAUGGCACCGCAGCAGGACGUCGUUCGCGAGUCAAUGGUCAACAAAUUGGCUGAUUCGCCAGCGAACGCGACGGAGGCCCAACACGUCGUUGCACUAGAACCCCCUGAUAUUGUCGUCAGUGGUCCAGAAGCCAAGGAGACUGGAAAAAAGCAGGAAAUCGAUCCGGGUACUAACAGAGCAUUCUCCAAAGGUGGCAAGGAACGCGCACGCUCAAAUCAGUUCUAUGACUCUAUGCUGGAAAUAGACGGUGAGGAUGAGGAUGAUAGCUACUGGUUUACAGGUCUCCCUAAUCUUCCACGUGGCCCUUUCCUUGACGAUAUUGUCCGAAUCGUUAAGCAAGGUGACACAUAUCGAUCGGCGGACUCGGGAGCCAAAGUAAGAAAAGAUGGACAAUUUUCCCGAGCUGAACAGCGUACUGCAAGCUUGGUUGCACCGCGAGCAAAACAACUUGGUACGGAUUGGAAUCUUGAAGUCGACAACAAAUUUGCUGAGCUUGCUCUGAAUUCUAUUCGCUCCAAGGAUUUGCUGAAGCUUCACGAUCCACCUCUUUCAGACAUUUGUGGAGACUGUCAAAAAGUAUCCGAGAAUCUCUGGCAGCCAGCAUUCAGCGUUACCUACGAAGCCGAUGAAUUAGAGACAUCAGCAAAGAACUCUUGCCAUCUCUGUCAACUGUUUUGGAAAGCCUACCAACGAGCCACGGUUAAGCUGUCAACUGUAACAUUUGAAAGGAUCGGAACGUUCCUGAAGAUGAAUGGCAUAGGGCCGCCAGUUCUUUCGAUCUCCAGAAGCCUCGGUGAAUCCGACUUAUGUAGAGGGUUUUACCCUUUGGUGCAGAAAGAAUGGGGUAUCUAA